CUUCCGUCCAGAAGAGAUGACAAUCCGCAAGUUUCAUUCCACCAAUAAUGCUACAGUCUUCUUUUGGACUUGUGAAUAUUCUGUCGAGAGUCGAGACCUUAAUGGCACCGAAGAACCCCCAACGAACAGUGUCUCGCACUGUAAAGAGAUGUCCUCCUCGUAAUUAGAUUAAUUUGCCAUUAAUGUCCAUUUCGGGAGUUAUAACUGAAGCUUGCAGUUCGACUUCAACAAUGGACUCAGACACAAGCAGCUGUACAGAGAGCCAGUCCCAGGCAGAGUCUGAUCAGCAAGUUCUAGCUACACCCAUGAGGCCACCAAUCAACCUGAUAGAGACUGGAGGAAGCCUGAAGGUACAGACGACCACACCUCACCUAGUUGGCCUGGGCAGUGGUCGGCUCAGUGUUGCCAUCACACUUAUGCCCCUAAAUGAAGGUGUGACCCGAAUUGGCCGAGAGGAUGCGUCCGUACCCCAAGACAUCACUAUUGAGGGCCUGGGUAUAGAGGCAGAGCAUUGUCGUAUUAUAAACAGAGGAGGAGUCAUCACCCUUCACCCUUCCGGAAACCUGUGCUCACUUGAUGGAGUCCAUGUCUCAAAGCCAACAUUGCUGACACAAGGAUUCACACUCUGUCUGGGUAAAUCCUACUUCUUCCGCUUUAACCACCCUGAGGAGGCCAGACGUUUGAAGAGCAUGCAGCCCCAGAAGAGUCCUGUCGCCACUAUGGGUUACAGCUCAGAAUGUGUAAAGACUGAGCACAGCAAUGGUGGCUCAGUGGGUGGCACCAUGAUGAGAGGCUCCCGAUCGAAGGCGGAGCUGCAGGACCUGAUGGAGACUCUGCAGCGCCGGAAGAGUGCUCUAGAGGCUAGCCUGAGGGCCAGUGCAGAAUCUACCCGUACCUACCUCAGCCUGCCCCCUCCCAGCCCCCUGUCCCCCACGCCCCCCAGGAGUGCCGAGCGCCCCCCCUCCUCCAGAGGCCUCCCCUACAUGACCAGUAGUAGCAUGCCCCCCUCCCCUCGCCAGGGUGAGCGUCCUCUCAGCCCCAAACCGCCAUACACCCGCUCACGCCACCAAUCACAGGACAGCCUGCUCCUCUCUAGCUCCUCUGACAGGCAUUGCCCAAAUGUAGCCAGUUCUCUCCUAUCCAUGUGGAAUGGUUCCUCUUCCUAUGGGGAGCCUGCACACAAUCCUCCACAGGGCCACAGUGGGGCGGCCAGCAUGCCCUCCAGCCCUCGCCUAGGUCGCAGGUUCUAUGCCCGGCCGGAACGGGACAAUGGUAUGGACUCUGCGCCACGUCAGAGGAAGUACUCUACAGGGUCACUCAACGGCCUGGGCUCUACCCACAGCCGCUCUCUACCCCGCCUCCACCGGUCGGCAGACUCCACAGCCCUGUCCCUGCCCCCACGCCGCUCCAUGGGCUCCCACAGAGGGGAGAAGGGUUCUGUGUCCCUGUCCUCCAAAACGAGGCGCAGCCUGUCUCCUCUGGAGCGGCCGCCAGACGUAACAGUGCUUGCAACAGCCAGCGUACCGGGUACUCCCCGCAGGGCCAGCCUGGCCUCUCUGGCCUCGCUGGGCUGUGAACUGGAGCAUGGGGGCCUGCGGGGCUCCUCACCCUGCCUGGACCUGGGCUUGGGGGAGAGGAGGCAGUCCUUUGGGAAGGGUGGGCUGGGGCUGAGAUCAAGAAGAGGCAGCAUCAGCUCUCUGAAUGGGAAGGAGGAGCUUACAGACUACCACAAGCACCAGAGAGACGAGAGGCUCAGAGAACAGGAGGUGCAGAGACUGGAGCACCAGCGGCUGGAGACCAUCCUGAGCCUGUGUACUGAGCUGGUCCAGGACCAGGGCGGCUCGGCCAUCUCCGACCUGCAGAAGAUCAACAAGGAGCUGGAGAAGCUGCAGGAGUCUGAUGAUGAGUCAGUGUUCUCCGACUCCCCCGGCAGCGUCAUUGGCACCGCCCCGGAGAACGGCUUUGGCACCAAAGCCCGGGAGUACCAGCUGGCUGAGGUGCGGCAGGUCCGCCAGCGCCGCCACAGUGGGCACAGAGAAGCCAGGGAUGCCAGGGCCCAGUCACCUGCUGUCAGCCUGCGCAGCAUUGUCCCCUCACCCUCCCCUCACCUCAGAGCCAGGCAGCAGGCUACGGAGGACGUGCAUCUGAAACAGGAAGUAACACGUAUCGAGGAAGAGAGGAUCCAGGUGCUGAACAACAUAGAGGAGUUGGAGCAGAAGAUCAAAGACCUGGACAACCAGAUGGAGGAAUCCAUCAGAGAGAUGGAGGUGGAGCGGGCUCUGCUGGAGGGAGAGCAGGACUCUGAGAUGGCCCUGCUACAUAGGGAGAAGGAGGUACUGGACCAACUCAAUGAGAAGAUUGGCAGCAUUGACAAGACUGUCCUCACAGACAAGUCCCAGGAUGUUGAGGUGCUGGUGGUGGAGAGGAAGCGUAAUGAGGACCUGGAGUUCCAGCAGCUGGAAAGAGCGAGUGGUCAGGACGAGGGGAAGGAGGGUCAGACCCAGCAACUACUCAGAGAGAUAGCAGAUUACCAGCGUAGUACUGUCACACGCAAGGAGAGACUCCUGACCCUGAAGAAGCAGUCUACACAGAUUACUCAGCAGUCUCAGCGAGAGAAGGACAGCUUCCUAAAAGAGAAGAACAACCUGCUCCUGAUGCUUCAGAGGGAGAGGGAGAACCUGGCUUCUCUGGAGAGGAAGUAUGCUGAACUGACUGGAGGGCAGGCCUUCCCAAACAACCCUGUUGCCAUGAAGGAGCACUUCCGCUUUCUAGAGGAGAGGAGGCGGGGCAGUAAGGAGAACACCUCCCACCUCAAUGACACUCUGCCACGUAAGAGGAGCCAGCAGGCCCUCAGUCACUACAGCAGCUCUACCCUGGGCCGCAGCCUGUCCCCUAAGUCCCACCUGCCUCUUUCCCAGAGCUCCAGCUGUGGUAGUAUCAUCCCCCGGGGUCUCUCUAUCUCUCCCAGAGUUCUGGAAACUCGACGCCUGCUCAAGGUUGAAACCGGGAUUAAUCCGGGAAGAGCACACUUCUCCAGUGUGCCAGUGUCCAUCGAAGCAGGCCAUAGCCACCUGUACAUGAGUGAGAACAGACAGAGACUGGUUGACCUGUGUAGCAGGACCGUGUCUGAGUCCAAUGUCUUCCUGGACCCCUUCCACUACGCAGACAAUGGCCAUGGCUUUGACACGCGCAGUAUGGACAGCUCGGACAGCAUGGAGACCAGCAUCUCUGCCUGCUCCCCAGACAACAUCUCCAGUGCCAGCACAUCCAACGUAGGAAAGAUUAAGGAGAUGGAACGUUUGUUACGAGAAGCCCAGGCUGACAAGCAUCGACUCCUUGAGCACAAGGAGCGUGAGAUGGAGGUGCGUAAGCAGGCCCUGGAGGAGGAGCGGAGGAGGAGGGAGGACCUGGAGAAGAGACUGCAGGAGGAGACCAGCAGGAGGCAGAAAAUGAUCGAGAGGGAGGUGAAGUUACGCGAGAAACAGAGGGCACAGGCCCGGCCGCUGACACGCUACCUCCCUCAGAGGAAGGAUGACUUUGACCUCCAUGGUCACAUCGAGGCAGCUGGACACAACCCAGACAACUGCUACCACCUGGCCAUCACAAAUAAAACCUGCAGAGGGUUCCUGGUCAAGAUGGGUGGUAAGAUCAAGACCUGGAAAAAACGCUGGUUUGUCUUCGACCGGAACCGCAAGACCCUGGCCUACUACGCAGACAAACAUGAGGUCAAGAUGAAAGGGGUCAUAUACUUCCAAGCUAUAGAAGAGGUUUACUAUGACCAUUUAAAGAAUGCACACAAGAGCCCCAACCCAUGUCUGACGUUUAGUGUGAAGACCCAUGACAGGGUGUACUACAUGGUGUCUCCCUCCCCUGAGGCUAUGCGCAUCUGGAUGGACGUCAUCGUUACAGGGGCGGAGGGAUACAUGCAAUUCAUGGUCUAACCAUCGUUACAGGGGCGGAGGGAUACAUGCAAUUCAUGGUCUAAACCAGUGGCGGCUGGUGAUUGGCUGAAUGCCCGGGGCGCGAGGUGGUUGGAGUUGUCAACAAAGCAGCAUGACAUAUGAUGCCAAGUUUUCGAGCUACUGGUAGUUUCUUUGAGAAGAUUAUAUAAAGCGAUCUGUGCAUUUGAACAACAGCAUAAAUGACCACUGCUGCACAUGCUGCCACUGUUUUGAACAGAUUAGAUUAUACUAUUUAGAAUGAGAAGCAGGUCACGAACGAACAAGAACGUAACAAGCAUGCAGAUGCAGUAAGUGAAAACACAUUAUCUAACUGGGGUAAUAUAGCUAAUAUACUGUCACAAAGCAUGAUGCGCUAGCCAGUUCAUUCUGAAUAUUUUCCUUAUUUCCCGAGUUAGAUAUUUAGAAAGACUUGAAAUUGGCAUGGGAGCUAACUACCUAGCAGGUUACCAGGUAGCUAUAACUAGCUAGCUGCUUGUCAAAGGUAGAUAACUGGUUAAUUUUACCAAAAAAAAUCUACUAAACUAUUUCUCAAUGUUUAUAAAAAUGACUGUAUCUGGCUUAAUGAAUUUGAUCAUGCUGUUUCAGUUCACACUACAUGUCGCCCUCUCACCUACAAGAGAACCAAAUGAGCAACUUGGGGGGGGAACAAUACAAUUGGCCAGCUACCGUCAUGCUUUUUUGUCCUACCAGAUCCCCAAUGAGAAAGUUCUAGCUAGUAUAUCUCUCUGUCUUUCGACACUUGUUGGAUGUAGAUGUCAGGUCACAGGCUCCAAUGACUGCUAUGGUUAUUUAUUUACAAGUUAAUUACAAUUAGAUUGUUGCUUUGGCGCCAUCUGUACCUGAUAGAGCACACAUCUGUACCUGAUCUGGCGCGAGAGAGCACGCAUUUGAGUGCCCCAGGACAGUCCAUUAACUUUGUACUGUUAUAAUUUAUGCUAAGAAAUCCUGCGAUUUCAUUGGGGCAGUUCUCCCUCAUAGCAAAUAGCUGGCAAAACAAUAUAAGCAAUGUUUGCAUGACAUAUGCACCCGCGAGGGACAGAGUAGUAAGUAACUGAACAGCUGUCUUUUUAAAUGUUUUAAAAUAGGAACAUGUACACAUUUACUGCACUUUUAUGAGCAUUUAAAACAUAAUUCAUGAAUUAUAUAAUAUAUACUGUAUAUUUUUUUUAUACAAAUAUUUUUGUUGACCAAUCAUAAUUGGGGCACUGCUACUGGUCUAAACAACCCCCCAUCCUGACCACAGACUCUCGGAUGACUAACAAACAGGGAAUAUACUCUCCUCCAGUCCCAUCGGUGCCUCAAAGACAAAACAAGUUGACUGGUCAGGUUAGAGAACCUCUGUGACCCUUCUGGUUAUUCGCUUUGUAACCACUUUUAUGUCCGUCUUACUUCAGUGAGCCCAGCUCUCUCCUCCUCUUCCAGAUUCUGCUGAUGUAAUGGUCAUCUGAUACUUCUCAGUCUAGCAGGGAAGGACUUCCUCUGGAGGAGUGGGUGCCCAGUGCCGCUUGUUCAUUCGGAUAGGACUUACUCAGACGAUUCUGAUACUUAUGUUUGGAGAGGAGCCUUUUGGCACCUUAACAUGGUUUACCCUCAUGAUAUUUCAGGACUGUUAAUGACCCAGAGUCUAUGUCUGAGGUGUAUUAUGUAGUCUGACAGGCUCACAGUGUACUAGAGAUUACUGCCCAUUCAGGACAAGAUACUACUCUUCCAUUGUGGCGUAGUGAGAUUACACAUCGAAUCCUUUAAAGUAGUAUAUAUUAUUCAGUAGAAUCAUAGGAUUGAGGCUGCCAUUGGAUAUAAUAUUAUAAUACAUGCCAUUUCACAGACGCUUUUAUCCAAAGUGAUUUACUGUCAUGCAUGCAUGUAUUUUACGUACGGGUAGUCUGGGAAUCAAACCCAUUACCCUGGCGUUGCAAGGCCCAUGCACUACCAAUUGAGCUAACGCCUCUACUUCUCUGGGUUGAGAAGAGGACCAGGGCCUGGUUCCCCAAAAGCAUCUUAAGGCUCAAUGGUUCUAAAGAUGAAUUUAGCCUUAAGAUGCAUUUGGGAAACCGGGACCAGAUUGAUUUAAGGAACACAAGCUGUCCCAUCCUUUUCAUCAUCCAAAUUGAGCUGGCUGUUGAUUGGUCAACCAAAGCUCUCCCUCUGUUUUCCUUCCAGCUGGACAGUCUCUUUUUUCCCUCAAACACUCCCUCUUUCUCCGGGGCCAAACCCUCCCGAGACUGUCUAGCAUCUGCACAGACUGAGAGGACAAUAUGUCCCUCCAGUGGAAAACCCAAGGUGAUGCACAUCCCCGAUGUGUGUCCUUUGUAUCCUGUUGUUGCUUAGGAACGUGGAGAUAACAGGGGAAACCCUGAAACAUCAGGGACUUAAAGGAUUUGAAAGUACCUCUCUCAGCACUAUGUACCAAAGACGUACCAUGUCUGUAUGUAAUAUAGAAAUCAUGGAAAUGGAACCUUGAGGCUCCACAAAGGGCUACUUACCAGGUGUGGAAGGCAUUGACUGUGUGUGUGUGUGUGUGUGUGUGUGUGUGUGUGUGUGUGUGUGUGUGUGUGUGUGUGUGUGUGUGUGUGUGUGUGUGUGUGUGCGUGCCAUACAGCUAAAAUAAGUUAGCAAAAACAUUCCAGGGCACUUCCAGUACUAGUUCAAAUGAAAUGUUUUAAUGGAGCGUGGCAUUGUAUAUUGUGCCUUCAUGUGAGUUGUGUUUUAUGACAUGUAGAGUAAUAUCAUGCUGCCAGUGGAUGGGUGCAGCUCCCUACCCGAUCAAUGGGCUCAUUCAUUUCUUAAAGAUUGAGAAGCGUUGCGUCGUGCCUAAGAACAGCCCUUAGCCGUGGUAUAUUGGCCAUAUUUCACAAACCCAGAGGAGCUUAUUGCUAUUAUACACUGGUUACAAACGUAAUUAGAGCAGAAAAAUGUAACGUUUUGUCAUACCCGUGGUAUACGGUCUGAUAUACCAUGGCUUUCAGCCAAUCAGAAUUCAGGGCUCAAACCACCCAGUUUAUAAUUUGAGUUAUUACACAGUCGCUAUAAAACCUGUGCAGUACUUGGAUAUACUUAUUACUUUUUGGGUCACAAAUAAUGGCACAUUUAAUUUAUAUUAGUUUAAUUUUCUUUUUGUUUUUUAACAAAUAUAUUAAUAUUUGUCAGUGGUAUGUGCAUGUUGAACAUACAAAUCAGCUAUUUGUGUGAAACCAAAGAGCAAUGCAAUCUGCAGUAUUCUAGGGAGAUUAUAUGAAGUCAUGGAAAAAAGAAAAUGCGAUUCUACUUAUUUGACCCAGGUAUCUUAGCUGAUAUAUUUGUAAUUAUGACAAUGUUCUGAUAAUUGUAAGAUGUAAUGAUACUGAAUUGGCUCCCUCAUUCACCAUGAAGUCACAGGUAGAACGUAGUAGCAAGGUCCCUGACUGUCAACGAGGUGACUGCGGGAGUGUUGUGAUGAAGAGUUGACUGCGGGAGUGCACACGAGACCAAUUAACUUCUCUGACAGUGUUGAGGAGGUGACCGCAGGUUAGCUCACAGGGAAUCUUUCACCGCGUUAUGAAGAGGUGACUGACAAGCUCUCUGUGACCAGUUGUCCUUUAAAGGAGGAGCCCCUAUGUGCUCAGUCUGUGUGACUACACAAUACAGACACACUUUUCAGGUAUUUUCCAUGUAUAAGUUACCAAGGAGACAACUCAACAUAACUGCAACACUUUUUUGAUGCAUUUUAAAUAUAUAUUUUGCAUUUUUAUAUGAACAGUGUUAUUGUUAAUCCUGCAUGUUUUUUUAAACAAAUGUAAGAAUAAAUCAUAUAUGUUUACUAA